UCUUCUCUCUCUCAACUCGGCCAUCUCCAGCCGCGCCGGCGUCGCUCCUUUCUCUCUUCUUCCUCUAUUUCUCCUUUCUCUCCUCUCUCUUUCCCCACCCGUUUCUCCCUCUCCCUAUCAGCCGCUGCCCAGAUUAGGCUUGGCCCUCAUCCGGUGCGUCGCCGGUCUCUCCAGCCGCCGCCGCUAUCCGUCGUCGACCGAGAGAGGGCAGCUGUGGAGCACAAGAGAGAGGAAAUGCCUCUUUCUCCUCCAACUCAAAGGCCACCGCAUAGCCACCCUCCUCCAAGUCCACGCUUUCAUGCUCCUCAACGCGCUUCAAGCCAACAUCAACCUCGUCACCAAGCUCAUAACCACCCUCUCCGCCGUUCCACACUGCGGCAUUCGUCACGCCCGUCGCCUGUUCGAUCAAAUGCCACACAAAUGCGAUGCCUUCCUGUGCAACACCAUGUUGAAGUCACACCUCUCCUCCUGCCAGUUUUCUGAGGCUGUUAGGCUUUAUGCUCAUUUGAGGAGGGAAGAAGGCUUUGUGCCGGAUAACUACACUUUCUCAACACUCUCCAAGAGCUGCGGAUUAGAUUUAUUGACGCGGGAAGGAAUGGAAGUGCACGCUCAUGUUGUCCGCUAUGGCUUUAACUCUAAUUUGUAUGUGAUUACCUCUUUGGUUGAUAUGUAUGGGAAGUUGGGGCUAAUGGGUUUCGCUAGAAAAGCAUUUGAUGAAAUGACCGAGAGGAGUUCGGUGUCGUGGACUGCUCUUAUCAAUGGCUAUAUCAGGGGUGGGGAUAUGGAUAUAGCAAAAAAUAUUUUUGAUGGGAUGCCAAAGAUUGAUAAGGAUACAGCUGGUUUUAAUGUGAUGCUUGAUGGGUAUGCCAAGUUAAGAGAUAUGAGAUCGGCAAAUAUGUUGUUUGAUGCCAUGCCGGAGAAAAAUGUAGUGUCUUGGACAAUUAUGAUUGAUGGAUAUUGCAACAAUGGAGGGGUAGAUGAUGCUAGGCGCUUGUUUGAUUUGAUGCCACACAGGAAUUUGUAUUCUUGGAACGCAAUGAUUGGCGGAUAUUGUCAGAAUAAGAGACCCCAUGAGGCGUUAGUGUUGUUCAAGCAAUUGCUUGCGUUGAAACUGUUUGAGCCGGAUGAUGUUACAGUUGUUAGUAUUCUUCCAGCAAUCUCUGUUUUGGGUGCUUUGCAUUUGGGGAAUGAGGUUUAUAAAUUUGUGAAGAAGAAGAAGUUGGAUAGAUCUGCAAAUGUUUCCACAGCAUUGGUUGAUAUGUUUGGCAAAUGUGGGGAAAUUGAGAAAGCAAGAAGAGUGUUUGAUGAGGUUGAGGCAAGAGGGACAUGCACAUGGAAUGCUUUGAUUAAUGCUUUUGCGCUCAAUGGGUGUGCGAGGAAGGCACUAGAGGUGUUUACGGAGAUGAAGAGAGAGGGGUUCAAUCCGAAUGAUAUAACAAUGCUUGGUGUCCUGUCAGCUUGCAACCAUGGUGGAUUGGUGGAGGAAGGAAAAAGCUGGUUCAGUAAAAUGGCCUCAUUCGGGCUUACUCCUAAAAUUGAGCAUUAUGGUUGUUUGAUUGAUCUAUUGGGUAGGGCCGGACAUUUGGAGGAAGCUGAGAGAUUGAUCGAGAGCAUGCCCUAUGAGGCCAAUGGAAUAAUUUUGAGUUCUUUUCUUUUUGCUUGUGGCUAUGCUAAGGAUGUCACCAAGGCUGAAAGGGUGGUGAAGAAGGCAAUUACCGUGGAUCCAUGUAACGAUGGCAACUAUAUCAUGCUGAGAAAUUUGUAUGCAACUGAGAGAAGAUGGAGAGAUGUGGAACAAGCCAAAAGAAUGAUGCUGAUUGGAGGGGCUAAGAAAGAGGUUGGAUGUAGUGCCAUUGAGAUCAAUAGGCAGGUGUUGGAGUUUGUUGCCGGGGAUAAGAAUAAGCUUCCACAUUCGGUGUUGGAUCAAUUGCGAAUGCACAUGAAGUUGCAGGAGCCCUACGUCUGUAUAUAGGUAGCAAAGCAAGUGCAGUUUACAUCUUUUGCAUACAUACACAUCUCGGCUUGUGUUUCCUCGCGCCAUCACCUCAUUCGAGUUUGCUUGAAGUUGGGAUAUUGAAUUCAAGAAACAUGAUCUCAUUUUCCCCCAUAACACUUCAACAAAAGGUUGAAUGUAUAGUUAUUUACCUGCCUUAUGCAACAGCUGAUAUUUUCAUAAAGGUAAUUUUAGAUUUCCCCAUUGGAAUCUUUUGUAAAGAUAUACAUAUUGCAUAACAUUCAGUUGGAGAAUUUCCAUGCAACAGUAGAAACACAAUGUGACAGUACGAAAAUACAGUUUUCUUUUGAUGAA